CUCAAUCGCGCCCGACGUGAAACACCGUAAGCAUGAAUGAUGAAUCAGUCUGCUGGUUUGUUUUGAUCUGUUCGCAUGUGUACGAUAUACGGUGCGUGGCUGGCGCUUGGCAAGUGUGAAUGAAAUGAAACGUCGGGCCGAUAGUAGUUGUGUGAACUGAUCGUAUCCACGAAGGUGUACAAGCACCGUAGUUAGGAAGCAGACAAGUGAUCAUUGUCCGCCUAAUUGCCUGCCAGUCGAUUUGUUUUCAUUUAGUUUGAAGUGAAAUUGGAUGAAAAAGUUUAUAUACUGAUGAAAACUGUGAUCACCUCCCGAUGAUUGUCCGAAACAAGUUGUUGGUGAUACGAAUACGGUGCCGAGAGUAACUUUAAUCAAGGAAACAAAAGUUAGGCGUUCCAAAGCAUUCCGAACACACCCUAAUAACCUGCCAUCAUAGUCAUCCGUAAGCUGUUGUAGGAUUAAAGGAAGCAGAGAAUAUGAAGCAUGUACUUGUAGGAUUUAUUUUAUUCGUCACAUACUUUACAUCAGCGCUAGGAAUUUUGUGCUACCAAUGCUCUUCGGCGCAUUCGAUGUACUGUUCCGAUAUGCUGGUGGCGGAUGAGGCCUCUCCCUUCAAGCCGGAACCGUGCGAUCACGUGUUCGAGGCGGCCUAUUGCGUCAAAUCGACUGCGAUGCACGGUGGCAUCGGAGCCAAGCGGUACUGUUCCUCGCGCGAUCUGGGAAAUUACUGCAACUACGUGCGCAAUCCCGGCGAUAAAAUCGAAUAUCGAUCGUGCAUCUUUACCUGUGACACCGAUGGAUGCAACGGUGCUCCCGCGUUCCAAGUCUCGCUGAGCAUAGUGCUGGCCGCAUUGAUCACCGGCGUGGGGCGACGGCUGGUGGGACAAUAGUGGCCACCAUUGCCUGCCGAGUGCCAUUUGGAUUCUUAGGGUAUUCUCAUCGUCUCUUAAGUUGAAGUUUUUUUUACGUAUGGAUAUUAGUAACAUUCCAUUAAGGUUUUCCGUUGAACACAAACCGUCCUGAUAAGUUAGUUAAAACAUUUUACGGGAGACAAUAAAAUAUGUGAAAACUAAAAA